GUGCCCAAACGGAGGCACUAUCACUGGCCCCCAAUCCGCGACAUCCCCUUCGAACCCGUGGUCGGUGCUGACCAGCCCACUCACCUCCAAUCCUAUGGCGAUGCCGUGCGUAAACUCUGGGGUCUGUCGUCGACCUGAUUGUACGCGCGAAUGCGAGACUACUUCACUCAGUCCCCUCCCCCCAUCCCAAUCUCCCUCCCUCCCAUACCGCUAA